AUGAAUGAUUCAUCUGCUGAUAUACAUGCACGUCCAUAUCCAUUUACAAGUGGUCGUACAAAUAAAAAAAGAAAACAAAGUGAUAAUGAACAGCCAAUAGCAGGUCAUUAUGAUGAAUCACUACUUCUUCAACAGACAAGUAAUGAUACUAAUACACAAACAAAUCGACUUCAACUAAUAUUCCAUCAACAAAAGUUACAGAUGAAGCUAAACGUUAUGCUGAAUCCCGUUAUCCAUUUCCACCAUUUAUUUUACAUUUUACAAGA